AUCCUCCCGCAGUCGGAGCUACUCUCGAAGUAGUCGUAGCCGUAGCCUUAGUCGAAGUCGAAGCCGGAGUAGCGACCGUUACCAUAGUAACCGAAGGAGCCGGAGCAGAAGCCGUGGAUACAGAAACCGUAAAACUAGUAGAAGAAACCGUACGCGCAUUGAAAAACGUAGCCGCCGUUCACGCUCAUUGA